CUUUCAAAAAAUUGUAUGGAAUAAUUAAUUCUUAAUUUAUACAUUAGUUUUCUCAUGUUUGAGCUCGUCAGACGCGUUCUAUACUCGCGUAUUAAUCUCACAGAACCUAAACAGCAAUCUUUUUUAUGAUUGGAUUUUAAAUUUACAUAAAUGGAUGCUGAAAAACAGAAAGAUGAAGUAAUUGCACUGGAAAGUAUUUAUAAUAGAGAAGAAUUUUCAUAUCAUGAGGAAAAUGGUAGUUACCAGUGUACCUUUAUGAUAUUCAUAAAUCUUCCUCCAAAGUAUUAUGCAACUUACAAGGAUUUUAGACGUUUGGAUGAACCUGAACAAACAGUUAAGAUAUCUCAUUUACCACCUCUAACACUCCGUGUUGUUUUACCAGAAAAUUAUCCUUCCAAGUUACCACCUAAAUUUACUUUAUAUUCACCUUGGUUACAUGUAUCAUUGUUGAGUAAAUUAUGCAAAAAAUUGGAUGAAUUAUGGGCAGAAAACAAAGGACAAGAAAUUUUAUUUACAUGGGUGGCAUUUUUACAAGACGAGACUUUGGAAUUUUUGCAUAUACAAGAAAAUCUUAAUAUGAAUUAUAUAUACACUUAUUACAAAGAAACUUUAGAAAAAGCCCAAAACAACCAGAAAAACAGAAUAAUAGAUAAUAGUGGCAAGGAGCGUACUGAAGAUGUAAGGAACAAGAUGAAAGUGGGAACUAACAGUAAAUAUUUAAGUAAAAAGAAGUUGAUACAAAAACGCUAUGAUAAAAGAGCUAUUUUAGACUGUCCUGUUGGAAGAAAUCCCAUUCAGAUAUUAAUUGAUUACAGUGAAAAGAGAAAUCAAAUUGAAUUUAAGAAAAAUUUCUAUACUUGUAAAAUCUGUUUUGUAGACAAAUUAGGAGAGCAUUGCACACAGUUCUUGCCUUGUUCUCAUGUAUUUUGUAAAGAUUGCAUAACUAAUUACCUAGAAAUAAGAAUCAAAGAUGGAAAUGUGCAAAAUAUUUAUUGCCCUGAAGAUGAGUGUACUGCUGAAGCAACUCCUGCACAGAUAAAGGAUCUAGUAAGUUCAGAAUUAUUUGCAAAAUAUGAUUCUAUAUUAUUAAGUGCUACAUUAGCUACUAUGACAGAUAUAAUAUAUUGCCCACGACGUAACUGUCAAUAUCCAGUUAGUUGUGAGCCAAAUGAACAAAUGGCAAAUUGUCCAAUUUGUCAGUAUGCAUUUUGUGUUUUUUGCAAAAUGGUAUAUCAUGGUAUAGAGCCAUGCAAACUUUAUUCAGCUGGAACACAUCAGUUAGUAACAGAAUAUCAAGAAGCCCCUGAUGAUAAGAAACUUCAGAUGGAACAACGUUAUGGUAAAAAACAACUUUUAACUUUAGUAGAAAAUACCAUGUCUGAAAAUUGGAUUAAAACUAAUAGCCAAAAAUGUCCUAAAUGCAAAGCUGCUAUUGAGAAACUGGAUGGCUGCAACAAAAUGAAAUGUUGGCGAUGUAAUACACCUUUUUGCUGGUUAUGUAAUACUAUAUUAAAUCAUGAUAGACCGUACGAACAUUUCGAAGAUACAAACUCUAAAUGCUAUAACAUGUUAUACCAUGGAAUGCCAAUAGAAGACGAUGAUGAAGACGAAGAUGAUAACGUUUUUUUCGACUUGCUACAAUACUUAGACGAGCACGAGCCAGAAGAGGAAUUAUUUUAUGAAUUCUAAUAUAAAAUUUAAAUAAAUGCAAUAUAAAUACGUUCAAAAAUAUGGUAUCCAUUAUUACUUUUUAUGUGAACGUAUUGUUUUUAUAUGGAUCAUAUAAACAAAACGUGUGCUUCUAUUUAUCAUUUUGCGUAAUUUUUAAAAUUUGUAAAUGUCCCACGUACUCAUUCGUACGGUUCUUUGUAUAAAGAAACGCACAAAUAAAUGUAUAUUUUCGCUGGUUUA